UCAUCUUUCUCUACAAGAAAUCGAAAGCAAACCAGAUUCCCGGGGCCAUGGCUUGCUGUGUUUCCCACGACGGCUGCAGCGUUCGCACCGGCCCCGCCACCACCAUCUGCUCCUUUGAUAAGUCCUGCCGGUGUGGAGUCUGCCUGCCCAGCACCUGCCCACACACAGUUUGGUUACUGGAGCCAACCUGCUGUGACAACUGCCCCCCACCCUGCCACAUUCCUCAGCCCUGUGUGCCCACCUGCUUCCUGCUCAACUCCUCCCAGCCCACCCCAUGCCUGGAGACCCUCAACCUCACAACCUACACUCAGCCCUGCUCUGAGCCCUGCGUCCCAAGAUGCUGCUGACCGAUGACUGCUUCACUCUGUGCCUGACAAUGAAGAACUCUGAAGUAGCUGCUUAGCAUUCACUUGCCUCUGUAGUUCAUCAGAUAUUGAGGCAGGCCGAAAGGCCCAGACAUGGAAAACCUACCUUUCAUGUUAAUGGAAAGAGUAUCAAGAAAUUUUUUACAGUUAUUUGGCUGAGUAACCAUUUGGUUAAUUUGGACAGAUGAAUGUCACCUAUUAUUAAAAUACUAUUGAAAUCUUUCA